UAUUUUCUUGACAUAACUCCACCUUUUGUUUGGGUUAUGCACUCGGUUAAACACUUGGUUUCCAUUUGAACCUGGUUAUUUAGUCUGUGUUAAUCUUAUUGUGAUUAAUUUUCUCACCUAAUUGCUGGCUCGUUAAAUCCAGUAUGGAUGUAAUUAAUGAAAUUUUUGCCACCAACAAAGUUUUGUAUCAAUGUGCUUGUGGUCAUUGUAAACCUUUAACACAUAUUUAUUUUUGUCGUUACUGUCUUAAAAUGAGGUGUAAGGAUUGUGUUUAUCAUGAGGUUGACUCCCAGUAUUGUCAACACUGUUUAGAAUAUAUUCCAACGAUUGAUGCCAAAUUAAAGAAAAAUAAAUGUGCAUCAUGCUUUCAAUGUCCCAAUUGUAUGCAUACACUGACUCCGAGAACCUUUUUAGCAUCGGUUCCAAGUGAAACCGAUCCAAAUGGGAUGACCACCAGGAAAGCACAAUUUUUGCUGUGUUCAUACUGUAAAUGGAGCUCUAAAGAUGUUGGUAUUCCUGAUCAAUUUAUAGGUUCUGGGGGAUGGCCUGAAAUUGAGGCUCCAAAUAGAAAGCGUGUUGAGGGCCUUGUUGACCACUACCGGGUGAUUGCUCAACGGGAAAGAAUGGAGAAGGAGAAGAAACGAAUUAACCCAAGACCAGGUCAUGCUAUCCAUUUACUUGAUAAAUACGGAAUUUCAGCCUCUCUUUCAGCUAAAUUGACCGAAAGUUUACGAACCAAAGCUUAUUCUGGUCGAAUUAGUUCCAAUUAUCUUUCGGCUUCCAAGUCAUUGACUGAUAUUAAAUUGGAACCAUCUUUAGCAACUGAUGAUGUGGAACCACUUGAUGUCGAUACAUUUUAUAAUAAAGAUCUCAUUGAAUCAGAAAUCAGUAGUAUUGAACAGAGAUUAAUGCAAGUUGAAAUGCAACCCAAUACAGUCUCUCAAUUUUAUCCAAUAAGUAAAAUGCUCUAUGUUAAGAGAUCUCUUCGGUGCAAAGAAUGUGAUCACAAUAUAAUCAAGCCAGAGUACAACUCAUCAUCAAUUAAAUUCAAAAUUCAACUUUCUGCUUUUUACGAUAUCCCAGAAGUGAAAAUUGCGUCAACACCAAAGCUGAUACCACAUAAAGAAUCAAUGGUAGAAUUGACUUUCAAAAAUCCUUAUCAAUAUGGAAUGCAUGUAUGCCUGCAGCCCCUGAAAGAUGAAGAAAUGGACGAAAGCAUUACUGGUAAAAUAAUCCUUCCAAAGGCGGAAUUCAUCUUAGAGUGUAAAGAUGAUACGCUUGAACCUGAAUUGGACUCUACACAGAAAACUCGUUAUAAUGAUGAUCCCCAGCUAAUUACUUUCCGUCGUGGCAAUAAAAUUGGUCUCCGUUUAACUGUUAUUCCUGAAAUCGAUUCUGGUAGAUGCCGGGUUUGUUUCAGACUCAGGCAUGAUUUUGUUAACAGUGUUGUGCAAAAUAAGUCAACCGGAGGCUCAGAACCUCAAGUUUCAUGGAUUUCUCACAAGAUUUAUGUUGAUUUAGGACCUGUUAUUGAAUCUAAGGAAAGUAUAGCUUAAUCAAAAUUCAAAUUAACACAUUAAAUUGUAAAUUAUAGUCAUUUAUAGUCAAUUUACAUUUUCACACAAAGAAAGAUUGUUAUAAAAUAUAUUUUGUAUCUAUGGUUCACCUGCCCCAGCAAUUAAAUUAUAAUAAAAUCAAAUUACACUCAAAGUGA